GCCCAGUGCCCUGGGAAGCAGCAGCAGCCGCUCAGUCAAGAGAGACUCCACAACUAAGGAUAUACGAGCACCACGCCGGGACAGCAGCCUCCCAAGUUCCCCACUGUUUCUCCAGAGGCCUAAACCUUCCCGGUUUAGCGUCACAAGAUGGACCUGAGGGUAACAAGCCUCCUCCUCGUCCUCCUAGCAUUAGCUGAGGCAACGCCUGAGAGGUAUUAUCAUGUCCCAAAAGUGAGCAAGACUCCCUACCCUGUCAAGAGUCAUGCUGUUGAAGGCCAGCCAGGCCCUCAAGGUCCUCCAGGUGAGCCAGGACCAAUGGGACCUCCUGGACCUCCUGGAAAGAGUGGUGUGGGACACACUGGACCACAAGGCCCACCUGGACCACCCGGACCACCUGGUUUCACUCAAGCAGGUAAACCUGGUGUCUCAGGUAGCCCUGGAAAACCAGGCGCCCCUGGAAAGCCUGGAGAAAGAGGUCAGCCUGGCGCAACUGGACCAAUGGGUCACAGAGGUGCACCUGGUACCCCUGGAUCUCCUGGACCUGCUGGACUUUCUUCUGUUGGAAAACCUGGACCAGCUGGGAUCUCUGGAGCAAUGGGUCCAAGAGGAGAGCCUGGUUUAAAGGGACAUCCUGGAAUUCCUGGUCUUCAUGGACCCAAAGGAGAGAGAGGCAUUGGAGUUCCUGGCGUUCAAGGACCAGCAGGGCCUGUUGGGCCAAUGGGCCCAUCUGGAAUGCCUGGAAAACCUGGAAUUGGUAAACCUGGUGCCACCGGUUAUCCUGGAGAACCUGGCAAGCCUGGUGAGCCUGGAAGAGAUGGUUCACCUGGACCAAUGGGUGUGCAAGGGCCAAAGGGUCAUACUGGGCAACCAGGCACAGGAGCACCAGGAAAACCCGGUCAGAAUGGCACCCCAGGUAUGCCUGGACCAAUGGGAGUAAAAGGUCCACAGGGUCCUGCUGGUCAACCAGGCUCACCUGGCAUGCCAGGUGUUGGCAAAACAGGUGAACCUGGAAUUCCAGGUAGCAGAGGAGCCCCCGGUAGUCCAGGAACUACUGGUCAAAAAGGAGAGCCAGGCCCAACUGGAUUUACCGGUCAGCCAGGUGCUACUGGUCCCAUGGGUCCAGCUGGCCCACAGGGUGCAAGAGGAUUUCAGGGUGAGACAGGCCCAGUUGGGCCCAAAGGUGACAUUGGCAUGGUAGGUGCACCGGGCCCAAGAGGAACCAAAGGAGAACAGGGAGCUCCAGGUUUCACUGGAAAACCAGGUACCCCUGGAGCAGUAGGUCCAUCGGGAAUCCCAGGUCAUAAUGGUGCUCAAGGUCCAAAGGGUUCACAAGGCCAUCAAGGUGCCCCAGGACUCCCAGGUAUUAAUGGUGCCCAAGGGCCAAAGGGACACACUGGCGCCCCAGGAGCACCAGGUAAAAGCGGUGAGUCUGGACUGCCUGGACCAAUGGGACCCGUUGGACCUCCUGGUCCUUCAGGUCCCACUGGAUUCAAGGGUCAUCCAGGUCUUCCAGGUCCACCUGGCCCAGCUGGCUUGACAGCUAAGGGAAUUCCUGGUCCCCAUGGUCCUCCUGGAAUUCCUGGUUCCAGAGGUCAUGAUGGUCUCCCAGGUCCUGCUGGUCCUCCUGGACCACCUGGUCCACCAGGAGAAAUGGUCUACCACCAUGAGAAGAGCAUGCCAAUCAAAUCUCAUGAGGUUGUGAUGCCUCAGAUGAUUAAGGCUCCUAUGUCCGCUUUUAGUGCUGUGCUAACCACGGCCUACCCCCCAGCGGUAACCCCUAUUCAGUUUAACCAGAUUCUGUACAAUGGCGAGAACCAUUAUGACCCUCACAGUGGCGUGUUCACCUGCCAGGUCCCAGGCCUCUACUAUUUCAGCUAUCACUUUCAUGUCAAUGGUGCCAAUGCUUUGGUGGCCCUCUACAGAAAUGAGGAGCCAGUUCUUUUCACCUAUGAUGAGUACAACAAGGGCUUCCUGGAUGAGAUGGCAGGCAGUGCUGUUCUCCAGCUGUAUACAGGUGACAGAGUCUAUAUUCAGGUCCCUGAUGAGGAGAGUAAUGGCAUAUUUGCUGCCGAUAAUGUUCACUGCGGUUUCUCUGGGUUCUUGAUUGCCUCAACGUGAUUUCACAAAUCCAAAUAAACCUCAAAACCUUAUAAAACAUUUAAAUACUCAGAGAAAAAUAUCACUUUACAAAGUUCAGAAUUUGGAUUGCAGAUUAAAGAAAAAUGUGGUUACAAGUUUUAAAGGUUUAACCGCCUCAUUAAAUGUCUUCAAUUUGCUAAGAAGUUGUUCAGAAAUUUAUUGCAGAUUAAAAAUGAUCACUUUCCCCAGUUUACUUUGUGUGUGCCUUUGGAAUUUUAAAAUCCAUGAAACAUAACAACAUAAGAUACAUGAUACUUUAAGUGGUGCUCUACAACUGCCUGUAACAUUUACAGCAUGUCUUUUACUUGUGUUUGUUUUAUUAAUGUCUGUUGUUUAAGAAUUUUCCUGUAAUAUACAUAUAAAAAGACAUACAAGAAGGCAAACGUGUACUAUAUGUCAUUAGAGAUCAGCACAUUCUCACAAGCACUGUGAUCAGGAAAGGAACGUAAGAUAAAAAAAAUUCAAACCAUUUUUUCUAAACAACUAUGUCUCCUUGGAUGUGUUAAGUUAUGUACCACUCACUGACCAAACAUGGAAUAAAAGUUCUUAUUUGAAAACGAAA